AUGUUUGUUGGUAGUCGUGGUUUAGGUGUAGGUUCACGAAUCAAAGGAUACAUGCGAUACGGUAGUUAUUGGAAGCCUUUGAGACACAGUCUGUAUACCUACGUAUGUAUAACGAACGAACACAAUAUCUCCCAAACAUGCAGCUAUUGCUUUCAAAAACUGUCUCAUCCAGUGAAAACGGUUUAUAAAAAUGGUGCAAGACGAUUACGAACAAUCAGUGACGCAUUUGUUUGUGACAACCCAAGUUGUGUCUCUGUUCAAGCAAAAAAGUCUGUAAAAGGAAGAGAUAUCUUAUCUGCAAUGGCAACUGGUCUUUCCGGUUUAGCAACGCUCCUUUUUGAUACAACCUUUCCUCAAUUUGACCCAAAAGUCAGUCAAUCCAACACUGAUAAAUUUAAAACGAAUGCUGCUUCUUUCUUUACUGCAAACGAAGAUUGGCCUGCUGUCGAUGAUAAGAAGCCAGUAGCAAAGUACGUUGAUGUGAAUGAGGAUAAUACUCAAGAUAAUAUCACACCUGCAGCCAAAGGUACAGCAAGUGUGCACAUUAUCAAAUCUAUUAAUAGUCUGCUCAAAGUCAUGGAUCUUAACAAAAACCUAAAGGGCAGUUAUUUAAUGAUGGAUAAUUGUAUCAUCCAGGCAAGAUUGAAAAUCGCAGUUUUAGGAUAUCGACUUAGUGUCACUUAA